AGCAGUGGUGGAGUCAGAGCUGGAGCAGCAGCAGGGCUUGGAAGCGCGGCUGGACCCAGUACUAUGGCUGUGUAUUGCUAUGCGCUCAACAGCCUGGUGAUGAUGAAUAGUAGCAGUAAUGUGGAGAGCGGCAGCGGCGGCCUCAGCAGCGGCAGCGGCAAGGCGCCCCCGCCCCCCGGGAGACCCGGGCUGCCGGUGCCUGUGCUGAGCCCGGGCAGCAGCAGCGUUUUCAGCCCAGGGAGAAGCACCUCCUUUCUCUUUCCUCCCGCCGAUCGGCUAUCGCCGGACGAAUCCGGGAGCCCAGGGAGCUGGCGGGGCGGCGGUAGCAGCAGCACCAGAAGCAGCAGCAGCGGUAGCAGCAGCAGCAGCAGGCGGAGGCUGAACAGUAGUAGCAGCAGCGUGGGCAGCCCGAGUUGGGCACCCCGUCUGGGAGGGGAGGGGCAGCAGGUGGUGUCCCCGGGCAGCCUCUCCCCCCCAACUGGUCCGGAGGAGGCCAAGAAGAAGCUGAGGAUUUUAGAGUGGGAGCUGCAGAACGUGCAGGUGAACCAAAAGGUGGGCAUGUUCGAGGCGCACAUCCAGGCGCAAAGCUCCGCCAGAGAAGCGUCCCGGAGCCCCCGGCUUGGCAGGGCCCGCUCGCCCUCCCCUUGUCCGUCCCGCAGUAGCAGUCAGCCUCCUGGCAGGAUCCUCGCUGAGUACACUCGGAUAGAGGAGAGGAGGACAAAGUCCUGGGGAGAGCAAUGCCUGGAGACCCCAGCGGAGGUGGGGAGCAAGGAGGGCCAGCCCCAAGAAACUAGAAGCUCGGCUUUCCCACUGGAGACGGAGAGGAGGCCACUUACCCUCGGGGCUUCAAGACGGGACACUCCAAUGGAGACUGGAAACUGGAGCCUGACACGUGGGGUACAGGGUUCUCCUUUGGGAGUGGAGAUGGAGAAGGGCACCCAUACGGGGCGAGCAACAUUCACGACUAAGGAGGUCCGCAAGGGAGAUCAUCCUUUCCCCGGAGCGUUGGGCUGUGAGACCCUUGUAGACUCCAGGGGAGUAAAACUCUCUAGAGAUGCCAGCUCAGCCGGGGUUAAAGAAGUAGAAAGAAGGGGCUCCACAGGCAGGGAGCACCCCUCUGAGGCCCUCUCCCAGGAAACCUCUGCCUGGAUAGAGAGAGGUUUUGUCUCUUUUGGAGUGUGUGCCUCUGAGAACCAAGUGCAGAGAGAGGGGAGAACCAGGUGCAGCGGGACACCUGCUGCCCAAGAGAAAGGUGGGAUCAGUGCCUCGAAGGCGGCUCUUGAGAAGUUGGAGAAAAGAAACCUGCCUGGCCUACUGCAGGGAUCCUUGGCUCCCGAAGAGAGUGAGGGCAGGACCACCCCAGCUUUGGAUAUGCAAAGCUCAGUGCCCUCUGAGGCUCUGAGUUGCACCAGGGCAUCCACAGGGCACAGCCUGGCAGCUCCAGUGGAGCCCCAAAAGAAAGGGUCCCUGGUAGUUUUAGUGCAGAGGCCUGACUCUGACCAGGGGGAGAAAACAGGGACUAAAUCACUUGGAAUUCCAGGCAGGGCUGUGCAGCUAGGGAAGGUGGAGGUGGAGGUGGAGUCAGAGCCAGGAAUUCUUUCUGGCCACAUGCAAGACGCUUUGCCUUGCAGGGAUCCUGUAGAAAAGGGGGACAGGUAUCAGUGUUCUCCCAAGAACAGUUUUGGUGGACAGUUCAAAAGCUUGGUGAGUUGGCCCAGCCCGAUGGAGGAGGCUGGCACCACCUGGACAGACCCUGAUAAAGUGGCACCAUCAGAUGGGACUUCAGAGAGGAAGCAGCAACAGGAACAGCAAGAAAACCAUCAGGGUAAAGAACUGACCCCUGAAUCUGAGAGGAAACCUUCCCUGAGGGAGGCUUGCUGUCCCAGCAACAUCCCAGCAGUUAUUAUUACAGAUAUGGGGGCCCUGGAGGACGGGGAAGGGGGCUUAGAGGAAGCUCAGGGAAGCCCUCGAGGGAACAUGCCUUUGAGAAAGCUGUCUUCCUCCUCUGCCUCUUCCACUGGUUUCUCCUCAUCCUAUGAUGACUCGGAGGAGGACAUUUCCAGUGAUCCAGAGCGUUCUUUGGACCCAAAUUCCGCUUUCCUGCACACUCUGGAUCAGCAGAAACCUAGAGUGAGCAAAUCAUGGCGGAAAAUCAAGAACAUGGUGCACUGGUCUCCCUUUGUCAUGUCCUUCAAAAAGAAGUACCCUUGGAUCCAGCUGGCGGGACAUGCAGGGAGUUUCAAAGCAGCAGCCAAUGGCAGGAUCUUGAAGAAACACUGUGAAUCAGAGCAACGCUGUCUUGAUCGCCUUAUGACGGAUGUUCUGAAACCUUUUGUCCCUGCCUAUCAUGGGGAUGUAGUAAAGGAUGGAGAGCGGUACAACCAGAUGGAGGACUUGCUGGCUGACUUUGACUCUCCCUGUGUGAUGGACUGCAAGAUGGGAGUCAGGACCUAUCUGGAGGAGGAGCUCACCAAAGCUAGGAAGAAGCCCAGUCUUCGGAAGGACAUGUACCAGAAGAUGAUUGAAGUGGACCCUGAUGCCCCAACAGAAGAAGAGAACACUCAGAGAGCAGUAACCAAGCCCCGGUACAUGCAGUGGAGAGAAACCAUCAGUUCAACAGCUACUCUUGGAUUCAGGAUCGAGGGCAUUAAGAAGGAAGAUGGCUCCGUGAACCGAGAUUUCAAGAAGACCAAAACAAAGGAGCAAGUUACCGAAGCUUUCAGAGAAUUCACCAAGGGAAACCGUAACAUCCUGAUUUGUUACCGGGACCGCCUGAAGGAUAUCCGUGCCGCCCUGGAAAUCUCGCCAUUCUUCAAGUGCCAUGAGUUUGGCUUUGGGAUCCAGACUUGGGCCCCUGCUCGGAGUGGUGUUAAUAAAGAAGUCCAGUCUCAGCAGGCCUGGCAGCCAGGCCCGGCGUAG